AGCAGAGGACGCCCCCGAGAAGAGCGUCCACCACUACUACGAAAGAGGACGCUGUGGACAAAGGUGAAACACUUCUUCAACCCUCACACGCCACUGUCGGAGAUGAUGGGCCCUGCCGACGGCUCCGGCGAACACAAGGGUCACACGCACACGCAUGCGAGCGACGAGGAGACGUUGAAGCUCUACGACCCGAAGAACUUGGCCGAUGAAGGCGUCAAGAUCACCUGGGUCGGCUUCGGCGUCAACUGCGGAAUGGCAAUCACCAAGUUCAUUGGCGGGUUCUACUUCCACUCGCAGGCGUUGAUUGCCGACGCCAUCCACGCGGUCGGCGACUUGAUAUCUGACGUGUUGACGCUUUCGACGGUCCGCUUCACCCACAAGAAGGCGGACGCGUUGUACCCCUUCGGCUACGGUAAGAUCGAGACAUUUGGCUCGUUUAUGGUUUCGUUCAUCCUCUUGUACGCGGGCUUCCAGAUUGGAUGGAGCUCGUUCUACGAGAUCGUGGCGCCAAUCAUCCCGAACGCGCUGCACGACUUGAUGUCGCUGAUUCCGAUCCACUCCCACAGCCACGGUGCCACAGAGCUCAUGGCCCACGACCAUGACCACGGGGACUCGCAGGUCGCCAACAUUAACGCGGCCUGGCUUGCGCUUGGUUCGAUUGCCGUCAAGGAGUGGCUUUUCAGAGUGACGCGUAAGGUUGGCGAGAGACUCAACUCGAAGGUCUUGAUUGCCAACGCAUGGCACCAUCGGGUGGACUCCUUGACUUCUGUCGUUGCGGUAGCCACCAUCUCCACGGGCUACUUUUUGAACAUCUACUGGCUGGACUCGAUCGGAGGGUUGAUUGUCGCCAUGUUGAUCAUGAAGGUGGGUGUCUCCGGCGUUGUGCAGUCGUUCAAGGAGUUGAUCGACAAAGCGCUGCCCGCCGGAGACGCCAGAUACACCAAGAUCGAGGACUCGAUCAACGUGAUCUUGAUGAAGAAGGACAGCCACGUGCUCAUUAGAGAGUUGAGCAUCCUACCAUCUGGAACAAACCUCAACCUGGUGCUCAAGCUCGGAGUGUCUCCCUUCGACAGAGACUACGAGAACAAGUUGACUCUCGAGCAGAUGGGAUCCAUUGGCGAAUACCUGAAGGCCGAGCUGGCCAAUGAGUUCCACAACAUCAAGCAUGUCUCUGUCCAGUUU